CGCUCCUCUCUGGUCCCUGGUGGAAGCUGCCGUCGACAUGAACUCUCUGAUCUUCGCCUCCUGCCUGCUGGCCCUGGCGGCCGCCGAGCCCGGCUACCUGGGCGGAGCGCACCUCGCCUACAACGCCCUCCCAGUGGCCGCCGCUGUCUCCAGCCAGUACCACGCCCAGGACGAGCUGGGCCAGUACAGCUACGGCUACUCCGGAGACACCUCCGCCAAGCACGAGACCCGCACCCUGGACGGCAUCACCCAAGGCGGCUACUCCUACCUGGACGCCCACGGCCUGGUGCAGAGCGCCAGCUACGUGUCGGACCCCGUGAAUGGUUUCCGCGUGGCCGCCACCAACCUGCCCGUGGGACCGUCUGCCCCCGCCCCGGCCGUCGUGGCUCCCUACGCCGCCGUUCACGCCGCCCCCUACACCGCCGUUCACGCCGCCCCCUACGCUGCCGUUCACGCCGCCCCCUACGCCGCCCUGGCUGGCGCUCCGCUGCCCGUCGCCGACACCCCUGAGGUGUACGCCGCCAAGGUCGCCCACUUCCAGGCCCACGCCGAGGCCAAGGGCCACCUCCUGGGCCGCAAGAAGCGCAGCCCUGGCUACCUGGGCGCCGCCGGACACGGCAUUUACGCCGCCCCCGCUGCGGUCGUCGCCGCCCCCGCCCGUAGCUUCGCCUACUCCACCGUCGCUGCCCAUGCCGUCCCCGCCGUGGCCACCUACGCCGCCGCCGCCCCCGCAUACGCUGCUGCUCCCGCUGUCCUCGCGGCUCCUGCUCGUAGCUUCGGCUACUCCACCGUGGCCGCCCACGCCGUGCCUGCUGUAGCCGCCUAUGCCGCCGCUCCUGCCGCUAUCUCUACUUAUGCUGCCGCCGCCCCCCUGGCCGCCCAUGGCAUCGCCGCCCCCGUGGCGGUCGCCGGCUCCAGCCAGUACCGCGCCCAGGACGAGCUGGGCCAGUACAGCUACGGCUACGCCGACGGCAACUCCGUGAAGCAUGAGAGCCGCACCUUCGACGGCACCACCCACGGCGCCUACUCCUACGUCGACGGCCACGGUCUGGUGCAGAGCGUCAAGUACCACGCCGACGCCCUCGGCUUCCGCGCCGUGGGCACCAACUUCCCCGUGGCCCACUAAAUCGACAACUAUAUGUAUACUGUAACUUCUGGAGAUUCUUUACUUCUAAAUCAGAGUUUAAUUUAACAACUUGCUAGUCAAUUUAGCUAAACAAAUUUCACCAAAAGGUUUGCACCACGAGGGGUUUAAAUCUCCAGCAGCAUUAGUAAAUAAUUCAUUUCACAUUUAUAAAGCAAUAUACCCUUACCUUUACGAGGCUUAACUCCAGAAGAUGUGAUAUUGUCGGCAGUGCCAUUAUACCAAUACCGAGAGAGCGAUACGUUUAUGGUAUUUGUUAAUCAGCUGGGCAAAUGUCUCUCACUGAGACAGUGCCAGAGCUAUUACAAAUUUAAUUAUUACUGGUAUAAGUUUUAGAGUAGAAGUCCUUCAAAUUCUUCAGUAUUACAUUUAGAAACUGUCCUAUAUUUCCUCCAGAGUAUAUUAACUUAUUUUCGCCCUCCUAUGGUUGUUCUGUACAUAGCAUAAUUAUAGCUAAAUAUUUUCAAAGCAAUAAAAGAUCAAUUGUUUCUAUUUACUUAUAUUAGCAAUCUAUUAUUAAUUUUUGCUUUGUCUAUUUUUGCAUUAAGAUAUUGUGUGUACAUAUACAUAUAAAAAUGACUGUCGUUUGUAAUAUUUUAAAUAAAAUAUGCAUAUUUUA